AUGGUAGAAGAGUAUAUCAGACAACAGCAUGAAUGGCUAGGUCGACUGUAUCCAGCUCAAGGCAACAACUUCGACUCUCCACCUCCACAACCGACACCAGACCCUCAAUCUCCUCAAUGGCAUACCAUCCAAACAUUCCAAGAUCUUCUGGAGUCAAAAUGUCAAGCUCAGGAGGCAGCGAAACGCCUAACGAAUGUUACAUCGUCGACAACAGAUUUCCAGAUCGAGACCCUCUGCAACAACAUGUGGGGUUGUAUUUUCAGCGCCGUCGAACACUUUUCAAGCAUCGAAACACUGUCUGCUCUCUCAAAUCUCCUGGCGUGUCUAGCUAGCCUCCCGCAAGCCAUAAACACCCACCAAGAGCCCAUGUUCAUCGAAGGUCUAGGAACUUUCAUCCAGCCAGGCGAACCUAUACUCCUUAGAGAACGUCUUUGGGCAGACCUUCCCUUCUUCUCCCUCAAUCUGGCGGAAAGAAUGCAAGGGCCAGGAGCCUACCUCAGCAAAAACGAACACGCUUCAGAGGCCUCACGUAAAUGGGCAAAUAUGAAUACCUUUGUAGCUAUUCUAGUCCGCGACCAUGGCACUGCAUUUCCAACUCUGUUCGGAAGCUGUGUGACAUACGCUUUUAUGACUUUGUCAUCUGCACUUGAACAUCCUCCAAAUUCGCGAUUGGACAGAAACACGAUAGUGCAUCUUUCCGCUGCUUGUCGCUGGAUAUUGGUGGCUAGAGAUGUUGUUAGAGAGGCUGUGGAUACUGGGUAUAAGGGAGAGCCUUGGACAGCCAUGGCUGGAAAGCUUUGGCAGGAUCAAGAUGGUACGGAUCAGGUAGUUGGACGCAGGUGGACGUUUUGGAAAAGCAAAUUUGAGAUUUUGGGAGGCGAUUUACAGGGAGAUGCUGAGAUGGCGGAUAUAGCAUUGCGAGUGUCGAGAUUGAUGUAG